AUGGGUAUUUCACCAGAGUUCAUUUCGAUUGGUGGGAAUCGGAAUCCUGCUGCGGCGGACUGGGACCAAGAUGGAGGGCGGCUGUUGGCGUUUGGAGCGGAUAAUUGUAUCGCAGUGUGGGAGCCUGAGGAUGAAAAUUUGAGCGGCGUAACGGCGAUUUUGAGUGGGCAUACUGAUGUCGUUAAUGCAGUUAAGUUUUUUCCGACGGGAUCCGGAAAUGCUACUGUUCUUUUGAGCGGUGCUGCGGAUCACUCUUUGAAGAUAUGGAAGGGAAGAAAAUCUGAGAUUGGAUUUGGCCUUGUCAAGACCAUGUCAGAGCAUAGGAGUCCAGUAACCCGGAUCGCUACUCUACCAGGCUCAGACGUCUUCGCAACCGGAGCAUCAGACGGCGUUGUCAAGAUCUGGAAACUCGUCCACGACGCCGACUUCUCCACCGUUGAUGUUGAAUUGAUCCAAUCGAUAUCACUUACACCACGGCACUUCCCCUUGGCCAUUGCACUGGCCAAACUGGACGAGAGUUCCCUUAUACUGGCCGUUGGAGGCACACGCAGCACCAUUCAGAUUUUCGUUUCUCGUGAUACCCAAUUUCAACUUUCUGCUACUCUGGCUGGCCACGAGGGCUGGAUCCGUGCCCUGGACUUCACGAAAGAGAGUGAUAAGGAGGACAGCGACCUGCUGCUCGCGUCGGCAAGUCAAGACAAGUACAUCCGGUUAUGGCGCGUACAUCAAGGUGAAGAGCUGCCUGCCGUAAGUAGCGCGCUGAACGAUCCGGCUCUAGGCGUUCUUGGAAAGUCCCUGUCGAAUAAGGCUCAUAGAUUCGCGUCCGCGACUUCAAAAUACUCGGUCACUUUCGAAGCUUUACUGCUGGGUCAUGAGGAUUGGAUUUACACGUCGUCUUGGCGACAUAGAGCAGGAAAGUUACAACUACUGUCUACUUCAGAAGACAAUUCCCUCGCCAUCUGGGAGGCAGACCCAUCUUCCGGAGUAUGGGUCUGCAUUACUAGACUGGGCGAGAUAAGUGGCCAGAAAGGUUCAACGAGCGCGACAGGCAGCGCUGGAGGAUUCUGGAUAGGUCUUUGGUCACCAGAUGGCGAUUCUGUGGUGUCUCUUGGACGUACGGGUAGCUGGCGCAGGUGGACUUACUCUCCUACCCAAGACAUGUGGACGCAACAAGUAGCCAUCACCGGCCACGUACGUGAAGUUAAAGGACUAAGCUGGUCGAGGGAUGGCGCAUACCUCCUCACGACCGGAUCGGACCAAACAACUCGCCUCUUCUCAGAAUGGAAACGCGAGCAGGGCUCAUCAUGGCACGAGUUCUCUCGGCCCCAAAUCCAUGGGUACGAUCUUAACUGCAUAGAUACUGUCAACAACGUACAGUUCGUAUCCGGCGCAGACGAGAAACUCCUUCGCGUCUUCGAUGAGCCCAGAGGCGUCUCAGAGAUGCUAAAUAAACUUUGUAAAAUCGAAGCGGCCUCCGCCGACCGCCCCGACGCCGCCAAUAUCCCCGUUCUUGGCCUCUCAAACAAAGCAAUCCAAGCCGUCGAUGAGAACGAAACACCAGAAAACGACGAGGAUGACGAUCGCGAGGCUGUAGACCCUGCUUCCACCGUCAAAAAAUCGACCCUCGAGUUCGACCACCCGCCCUUCGAAGACCACCUCGCGCGUCACCUCCUCUGGCCCGAGACAGAGAAGCUGUACGGGCACGGAUACGAGAUCUCAGCGAUGGCUGUGAGCAGCGACGGCUCGCUUGUCGCAACCGCGUGUCGGGCGAGCUCAAUCGACCACGCUGUCAUCCGUCUGUACGACACGAAAGAGUGGCUAGAAAUCAAGCCGCCGCUGAAGGCGCACUCACUUACGGUCACGGCGCUGCAGUUCUCGCCUAACGAUAAGUAUCUUCUUAGUGUUGGGAGAGAUAGGCAGUGGGUUGUUUGGGAGAGGGCGGAGGAUGGGGUUUACGCACUCCGACAUGCAAACCCUAAGGGCCAUACAAGGAUGAUCCUGGGCGCGGCAUGGACGGCGCUUGUACAACCCACCUUUUUGACCGCGGGUAGGGAUAAGAGUGUCAAGAUAUGGCAGAUCAAUGACGAUGCAGUCGAACUGAAGGGCUCGGUUGCGGCGAGUGCGGCGGUCACGGCUGUGGCGUGCAAUCGGGAGGCUGAGAAGAGCACGGUGCAGUUUGCGUUUGGAACAGAGGGUGGAGAGUUGGCUGUUGGUAUAGCGGGGGCAGAGGGCUUGGACAAGGCUGCUACAGUGGCUUUGGCGAAGGAGGUAUCGCCUGCGAAGGGUAUCAACCAGAUUGUCUGGAGACCGGGGAGGAGCGAAGGGGGACAGCAGAUCGCGGUUGCGAGUGAGGACUCUUCAGUGAGGAUUUUCAAUAUAGAGGGCUAA